AGUAUUAUUUCAGAACGUAGCUGAUAUUUGGGCGGUUGAUCCAUAGUUGGUUUGUUGUAAGAUUCAAGUUAUUUUAUUAACUUGUAUGGAUUUUAUCUGAACAUGGGUGAAAAUGUACAAGGAACGUUUAUAUCUGAAAAGAUUUCCAAAAUAAGGUGGCAACAUGAAGAUUUUACAGAAGCAAAGCAUUUUUUAACUGGUAGUUGGGAUAACCCGGUAAAUAAAAUAACGUACUGGACAUUUAAGACAAAUUAUGAUGAGGAACCAUCCCCUAUAGUCUUAUCAUCAUAUUCAUUCCUAGGGGAUGUCACUGAACUAAAAUUUAUCAGCAAAGAUUUCUUUGUGGCUUCGUCAUCUUUGGGGUCAGUAAGGUUGCUACAAAUUAAUGAAGAUGUAUAUACUGAAUUUAAAGAACAUAUGGCAUGGGAAUUUAUUCACUAUUUCAAAACAGAUUAUGCUUCGUGUACUGCAUUGUCAACAUUUGAACAAGAUAUUGCUUCAGUAGGAGAAGAUGGAAAACUAAAUCUUCUCACAGCUGCAGAAAAGAAGCCAGUUAGGAUUAUCGAAAAUGCUGACAGCUGCUCUAUAUAUUGUGUUGAUUUUUUGAGACACAGUGAAGUACUCACAGGAAAUUCAAGAGGACAUAUGAAAGUCUGGGACUUAAGAAAUGACCAUGAUGUGCCUGCUACUACCUUCAUGCUUUCUGAUCAAGUUAAGAUAGGAGCUACAAAUAUUACACAUCAUCCUACACAGAGGCAUAUUGUAGUUGCUGGUGGAGGUGAUGGUAGUUUAACUGUGUGGGAUUUAAGACAGAAUACUUAUCCAGUAUCACAACUCAAUGCGCAUGCAAAAUCUGUUAGUGAAAUAUUCUUCCAUCAAGAUAGACCUGAUAAUCUCUUCACUUGUUCUGUUAGUGGAGAAUUAUGGCAUUGGAAUAAUGCACAAAAUUCAAAACUAAAACUUGAUUCUACAGAUACACAUUGGUUGAAUACAAUUAGCACAAAUGGAAAAGUCAAUGUGACUUCAUUAUGUGCAGCUAUACAUAAACCAAUAAACAGUAUUGAUAUCAACAAGUCAACUCUUCUGUGCGGAUGUGACAAUGAAGCUAUGUAUGUUGUUAGAAAUGUACUUAUUUAACACAAAUAAUAUAGAUGAUUUUUAUAAUUUUA